AUGGCGUAUAUGAGCAUGGGAGAAGCACACAGAAGAAUCACCGAAUAUCUAAACCGCUUUUCCGAGGCCGUUUCGUCCCAAGACGGCGCGUCCCUAACGCGCCUCCUCUCCGUCUCCUCCGAAUCCCCUCUCUCCUCUCCCUGGCCGACGCAAUCAUUACCUUCCAGGUCU